AUGGCACCCACAACCACUAAUACUGCACAAGACCCUCAAGCUCUUUUGAACACAUUUAUUGAUCGUCGUUCGAUUCAAUUGGUAUCUGUGCUUGGCGUAGGUGCCUAUGGCGUGGUCUAUUUAGGUGUCCAUGUGCCUACAAGCCGACGCUAUGCCGUCAAGUUGUUGAACAACCCAAAAGCGGCCGAAACCGAGAUCACAUUACAUUCACGCGUGUCCUCUCAUAAGGGCGUAUUGACCCUUGAAAAGGUCGUGCGUGAGAACAAUCAAGUUUACCUUGUGCUUGAAUAUGCAACGGGUGGUGAUCUCUUUUCAGCCAUCACGCAGCAACAAGGCAUUGCCAGCAACAACUUUGCUAUCCGCCACAUUUUCACCCAAAUCCUUGACGCCGUUCAAUAUUGCCACCAACAAGGCAUUGCUCACCGAGACUUGAAACCCGAAAACAUUUUAAUGUUUUCCAACCUUCAGGCCAAGCUUGCUGAUUUCGGGUUGGCUACGACACAAUUGGUCUCAGCCGAAUUUGGAUGUGGAUCAAGCUUUUACUUUUCACCCGAGUGCCAAGGCCAACUUGUAAAGAACAAGGAACGCAUCAAAGGAUACAGCACACGCCAAAACGAUGUAUGGAGCUUGGGUGUUAUUCUUAUCAACUUGACAGCAGGUCGCAACCCAUGGCGUCAAGCAACCAUGAAAGAUCAAGCCUUUGCCAGCUAUGUCAAGAAACCCCAAACCUUCUUUAAGCGUAUCCUUCCUUGCAUUUCGGACGAGUUGAAUGAUCUCUUGUUACGCAUCUUUUGCCUUGAUCCAGCACGCCGUAUUUCUUUGCCAGAAUUAAGACUUCGCAUCCAAUACAUCCGAUCCUUCACAGCUACAACCGAAAAGAAGAAUGCAAGCAUUCCUCCACGUGUUAUUGCAAAGUUGCCUGCUCAAAUGGAGGAGGAUGACAGCACCAAACCAAGACGUUCAUCAGCAGCAGCACCUACUGUUGUUUCUUUCACCAAGUCUCUGGUUCACACGCUUUGUGAUUAUAGCAAUGGUUUCAGUGAUGACACACACGACAACAGCUUUAUUGACGAUGAUGAUGAGGAUGAGGAUGAUGAAGAAGAGACAGCUGUUGUGCGACGUGCCUAUGUUGUCAAAUCACCUUAUCCUACACCCACGGCUCAUUUGCCAUCCACACCUCCAGCUGCAUCCUUUUCCACAUCGCCUUGCUCAUCGGCAUCUUCCUUUGAUUAUCCAUCCACCCCUCGUGCAUCUCCCGCUGAGCUCAACAAAAAGUCUGCUAUUGAUGUCGAUGCCUUGAACAACCUAUCCUCCUACACUUCCUUCUAG